UACAAUAGCGGUCUGUCGGAGUCGGUUCGCGAGCGCGAGCGUGGUAGGGGCACAGAUCUGCCGGCGAUAUCUCCCUCUUUCCUUCGUGGGCUCGCUCUCCUGGAGCGCCGGCAACGAAGGGCUGCAGUCGUGAUCGGACGAUCGGCGUGUACGAGUCGUCGUCGGUCGCAGCACAAGGUGCUCGAUCAUUAAUUGGGAAAGAGGAAGGGAGGCAGAGAGAGACAGGCAGAGUUUCGAAGCGGUGAGUUCGCGAACAAUUGAGAAAUUUUCGCGAACAAGCGACCACGACGAGCGAUGUCCCUCGCGAGCAUUCCUCAGGCGGCACUCGAGGCGCCCGUAUCCGCGCGACAUCGUUCCUGAAUAGCCUGGGAACUGUCGAAGAAAGUGAAGUGGGUCCUGGAGGAGGACCCGGGGCGAGCGAGGAAGGAAGCGCCGAGAGAGAGUCCGGCGUGCGGCGCCGGAAGCGCCGGCAGGAGCUGCCUCAGGAUGUCGUACGCCAACCGAUUCCCGUCCUCCCAGCACACCCGUUACCGCAGUAGCUGGGGACCGUCCUCGGUCUCCGUCUUCAAUCGCGCCGACGUGCCGCGACCCUCGCCGGAAGAGGAAGAGUUCGAGUUCUACCACGAGCGGCUGCACUCGGCGCAGAGCCGCCAGCUGAUACCGCUUCAGGAGGACCUGGCCGAUUGGAUCAACAAAACGAUAAAUGUGGAUUACAUAACGGGUGACAAUUUCUUCGAUGUGCUGGACAAUGGGGUGAUUGUGUGUCGACUGGCAAGAGUUAUCCAGGAAAAGGCGAGAACCGCGGUAGAGGCUGGACGGGCGAAGGGGCCGGCGCCAACGAUACGCGGACGUUGUUGGGAGAACGCGGCCCGUCGCAGCUUCUUCUCCCGCGACAACAUGGAAAACUUCAUACAAUUCUGCCGGCGGCUGGGCGUCCACGAGAAUCUUCUCUUCGAAAGCGACGAUCUCGUUCUGCACGGCCAACCGCGGAAUGUCGUGCUGUGUCUACUGGAAGUCGCGCGACUUGCGGCCAGAUAUUCCCUGGAGCCGCCCGGACUCGUGCAACUCGAGAGGGAAAUCGCGGCGGAACAAGAGAGGGAUCUUCACUGCAUGUCCGACAGCGGUAUAUCCCACAGCAGCCUCUCCUGGCAAUUCCAAUCGCCGUCGCCGACCGCGACACCCAGGCCGCCGCCGGAGAAGAUCAAACACAGCAGUUCGGCGUCAGAAGUCACGACGGCGGGCACGCGAUGGCUGGACCCGGUAACCGGCGCCGCGCACGAGGCUGAGAUGCGAAGGUCCGUCAGCGACAAUGGGCCGACCGGAAGUGACGGGGUGCCGAGCGAUACCACCGAGGACGACUGGUCGCGCGGCAGCGUCGAAGACCCUGACGAGGUGCCGUCGCCGUCGAGCUCGCCGUCGCCGUCGCCGGCCGAACCGCCGGAGCACACUGGCCCGAUAACAGAACUCGAUCGCAAGGUGCGAAGGGCCACCGAGGCCGUCCAGAGACUCUGCCAGUGCCCGUCGAGCAAGUGCUCCAAGCUGAAGGUGCGCAAAGUCGGCGAGGGUCGCUAUCACAUCGCGGGACGUAACGUCUUUAUCAGACUCCUCAAGGGGAGACACAUGAUGGUGAGAGUGGGCGGCGGAUGGGACACUCUGGAGCACUUCCUGGCGAGACACGACCCCUGUCAGAAGUGCAAGAGCACAGUGUGCAAAGGGAUACCAAAGCAAAGAAACACGCGACGAGUAAUGUCGGCUCGUUGAAGCCGAUUAAAUCCGUCAUCCGUUUAUCGUUCGUGUCAUUUGCGCCGGAAGAUUGCGGUUGCGCUUUACGAAUCGGUCUUUUACAAAAUAAUCAGUUGACGGCGUUCCAUCAUCCUUGGUGAGGUAGAAUCAGUGUUAAAUUGCGAUUUGCACUGCAAUGCGAUAAGCUUAGGUUUAACGAGACACCACGCUGGAUACAGGGCCUUACGUUACGCAGAUACGAUUGCUUUGCGAAGGGAGUUACUUUUUACUUUAAAACCGCCCUGCCUAAUUAAACUAAUUUCCGCCAUAUUAUGUAAUUGUAUAUAAUACAUCGCCCCCUGACAUAUCGACAGAUAAUUGAACUAAGUUAAUCGUACCUGCUUUAUACCGCGCUAACGUGUAAUAUCCGCGGAUUUUGCGUGUAAACUGUAUGAUCUGUUAUAUUUGAUAAGUUAUUUAUACGUACGAUUCGUCAAGCGCCUUUUUAUUACAGAUUACGUUAUUGAUCGAACUUUCCAGCAUGCGCUAAUAUUGUGACGCGUAAAAUAGAAGAAACUGUGUUUUGAUGAUAUUAAACGGUUGUAAAUUUGGGUUACUAUUCGUAGAAAAAUACCGAAGCGAUAUAAUUGAUAAACGCGUAUUUUAAAACAGAUUAUUGUCUACCGCAAUACUGUUUCGUCGUAAGUAUUCGGCUAUUGAUAAAGAAUUAAAAUAGCAUUGUACCGCAUAUACUUACAUACGUUUAGUCUUUGUUCGUAACUGCACUAGGAUUUCGCGAAUUUUAAGAUUUUGUCUAAUACGCAGAAUAAUAUUGUACACAAGCAUUAUCUUAAUCCUUUCAACUAAGUUCAAAACUAUUAUAUCGGUUGUUAUAUUUUGUUGAACAAUAAAAUGUCUGACAGUAA